AUGACCGCUACUGCUGCUGCUGCUGCUCCCGCCAAGGCGCUCGAUGCGCCGCUCACGUUCGACUCGGCUGAGAAGCUCAUCCGCCUCCUCACCGACGGCCUGGUCAGCAUCGAGGAGUCCAAGGGCGAGUUCAUGACCAAGAUCGCCAACGGACCGGGCUUCAUUGACCAGAAGGGCUGGCGCGCAUGGGAGUGGACGCAGGGCAUCGCCAUCUCCGCCCUCUGGAAGCACUACUCGCUGUCGCCCGAGUCCAACGUGCACUCGCUCAACACCCUGCUCGACUGGUUCCGGUAUCAGUACAAGGCCACGGACGGCAAGGGCACGUCCAAGAACAUCAACACCAUGGCGCCGUUCUACGGUCUGGCGUGCGCCGUCGAGGCUGGCGCCGUGCCCGAGGACGAGAAGGAGCAGUGGAUCGGAUGGCUGGAUGAGUGGGCGGAGUGGAUCAUGAACGACCUGCCCAGGACCGAGCAGGGUGGUUUCCAGCACAUCACGUUCAAGAGCGACCACGUCCAGAACAUUUGGGACGACACCCUCAUGAUGACCAUCAUUCCUCUUGUCAAGAUUGGCCGCCUCCUCAACAGGCCGCACUACAUCGACGAGGCCAUCUUCCAGAUCAUGCUGCACAUCGAGUACCUCAUGGAGCCCAAGACGGGUCUGUGGUACCACGGCUGGGAGUUUACGCCUGAGAAGGGUCCCCUCCAGAAGGGCCACAACUUUGUGGACGCGCUGUGGGCCCGCGGUAACGCGUGGAUCACGCUGUCGCUCCCGAUCUUCCUGUCCAUCACCGAGCUCCCGCCGACCGACCCGACAUACCGCAUCCUCGUGUCGACGCUGCAGCGCCAGGUCGACGCCCUCGUCGCCACCCAGGACCCCGAGACGGGCCUGUGGCACACGCUCCUCGUCGACCCGACGUCGUACGUCGAGACGAGCGCCAGUGCCGGUUUUGCUGCGGGCAUCAUGAUGGCCCUCUCGCAGGGUAUCCUCGAGGGCGAGCAGUACCUUGCCUGUGCCAAAAAGGCGGUGGACGGCAUCGUCGCCCAGAUCCGGCCAAACGGCGAGGUCGACAACGUGUCCUUUGGUACGGGAGCCGACUGCGAGUCGCUCCAGCACUACAAGGACAUUCCCAUCACGCCCAUGCCCUACGGCCAGGCGCUGGCCAUGUGGACCAUUGUCGAGUGGGAGAAGCUCCAGGCUACCAGCGCUUAG